AUGGGCUCUGCUCAAAGUCAAGAGGAACAGCCAGAUGUAGUCCGGAUUGACAGAAAUGAAAUUCCUGAGGAGUACAAAACUGUGGGAGUGUCUUCAGAUGUCGUUAAAAGGGUAAACGCGCAGACUGGUGGUGGAAGCACUGAAGCGGAGCGGUUGAGGGAAGAGUUAGCCCGUGAGCGAGAGGAGAAGCUGCGUUUGAGACAAGAGAUGGCUCGCCUUCACUCAACUACAACAAAGACA